CUGUAUUUCACUUCUCCAAAAAUCCACAAAGAGUCAAAGGUGAUAGUGGUCGUGAGCACAAGACCUGGUGAGACCGGAAUACGUAAUGCAAUACGCCAAACGUGGGCGAAUCCGCUGUUCUCGGAAGCUGUCCAUAAUAAAACCGUGUCCGUUUUAUUCGUGACGGGUAUCGACUAUGCUCCUCCUUCAUUUAUUGAUGAAUUACGAAAAUGCAAUGAUGUUCUGCACGUUUACGUUCCCGAUUCAUAUUCUAAUCUUGUCUAU